AGUUUUCAAGCGGUAUGCACAUACGUUGAAAUAAAAGCCCUAAGCAAACAUUCCAAUUUCCCCCCAAACCCUUCCGGCUAUCAGUCUGCAGUGCACAGCGAUAAGUAGAAAUGUCGAAGAGGGGCAAGAAGAGGGAGGAUGAAGACGCGCUCUCCGAAGGCGACGAGCCUCCGAAGAAGACAUUGAAGGCCGACAACGAUUCAGAUGACUCUGAUCAAAUCGUUGUAUGCGAGUUGUCGAAGAAUCGAAAAGUGUCGGUGAGGAACUGGCAUGGAAAGGUUGUGGUGGAUAUCAGGGAAUUCUAUUCUAAAGACGGCAAGGAAUUUCCUGGCAAGAAAGGUAUCUCAUUGUCAAUGGACCAGUGGAAAAUUCUUAGAGAUCAUGUGGAUGAAAUUGACAAGGAGGUUGAGAAUACAUAACUGUGUCUAUGGAUCUGUUUUUUCAUGACCAAAAGGAACUCCGAGGAACGUCGAAACAGUUUAACGACGAGCAUUUUGUUUUGUAUGGUAACUAUCUGUAGAAUGUUUUAUCGGGGCUUGUAGGUAGAUGAACCCCUUGUGCAGUAUUAUGCUCAAAUAGUGACUUCAUCUAUAUUUUAUCGAGGUAAUUUCAUGCA